CUUCCAGAUGGAUUGCCUUGUGCAUCGCCAACAGUCAGCCAAGGAGUCAGAGCACGAUGUCCUAAGUUCACAAAUAAUCGGGGGAAAUUCAGUACUCUUAAUUGACUCCGCCAAGCGUAAUUUGGAUGAUUAUGUGCAGCCGCUUUGUCAGCACGUAAGAGAAAAGGGAAAUCAAUUCAUUACAAUUCUACUCGUGGCGACUCGCAAGCGAUUGCUAGAGCUGCAACAUCAAGUUUCAGUUGAGCUGGACAGUCGAGAAUUUGCAACUUGCUGCACAACAAAUCAACAGGCAACGGAGAUGCUAGCCAGGGGACAUGGAUUGCUUUUGGCUACCACAAAGCAGCUGGGCGCAAUGCAGUCAGAGCAGCAAUUCAGAUCAGCUCCCAUUGGAUGCUUGGUCUUCGAUGAACUAGAGAGGCUGCUUGCCUAUGGCGGCAGCUUCUUUCAAGCUCUCAAAUUGACGCUUUAUAAACUGUGUCCAUCGACGCAAAUCGUGGUUACCACUCGACUUUGGUUAGCGGAGGAAAUGGAGCAGCUUUUGCGGCACGCCAAGCAGCCAUUGUUGCUGUUCAAGGAUCUUUUGGAAGCUGCAGCUUAUGGUGGUUGCUCGUGGCAAGUGCAAAUGGGCAACAGCUUCGAGGAGCAGCUUCAGCAAUUGUUGGCAUACUUGCAAACACAUUCACCUCAGCAUCAGCGCACUUUGAUUUAUUGUGCCCGACAUGAAGACUUCUUGGAGUUAAAGAAGCAAUUGUCCAGUUACGACGUUUUGCUGCAUCGCGGUCGCCAGGAUAAACAACGCAUUGAGCAGUGGCAGCGGAAGCACGCUGGUAAAAUAUUAUUGCUGCAGGCGCAUGCACCCGAGUUGCAAGUGGAGAACGCCCAGAGUGUUGUGCACUUUAACAUGCCACCCACUUGGAGUCAGUUUCGUAAGCGUUUUGCAGUCUACAAGGGAGAAAUACGCAAUGCCUUGCUGCCAGUUGAGUCCGAUCAGCAGCUGAGAUCGCUUGUGUUGCUCGAUAGACAGCACGAACAAUCGUUGCCACAACUGCUUGAGUUUAUGCAACAUCAUAGUCAACCGAUAGACGAACAGCUUGCCAAGGCGCACUCACAGCUGCUGACAAACCGCGAGGAGUCCUUGAUGGCUCGCCAGGCUGUGCUGUGUCCUGUGAUGUUGCUUUAUGGUAGCUGCCGCAUUUUGCCUACCUGUCAAUAUCGCCAUUUGCUGUCGGAUAUCGAUAGAAACUGCGCAACUGUACCUAGUGGAGGCCUUAUACGGUUUCAAUUGCUCAAAAUCUGCACGCCUUCGCACUUUGCAGCACGUUUAGUGUCACAGCGAGCAAGCACUAAGUGCCACUGGCAAUCGUUAUCUAUGCAACAACGCUAUGCGGAACUGCAGCAGCAAUUGCGUAGUCACUUUGCCACUACCGAGCAUCGUGUGGCAGUUAGUGAUGUGCAACUGCAACAGAUCUGUGUUCGUCAAAUGACAGACAGCUUUGAGCGUGUCUGCGUUACCUUUGUGCCCAACUCAAGUGCCCCGGACACAACUGUACGCGUCAAACAUUUAGAUCUGAGCACUGUCAUCCACCAUGCGAAACUCUCAGAGCUAUUUAUCUGUCCUUUGGAAUUACAGCAAGUGCAACCAUUGGCAUUGGAUGUGCGUCUUUCUGGUGUUGUGCCCUACAAUGGCGAGGAGAUUUGGCAGAGUUCAGACAAUGUUCUCAUCUCGGAUUUACUGCACCCGGGUGGCAUCUACGAAGUUCAUGUCGACUACGCUUUAUCGCAGACCAUAUUUGUGAGUUGUCUGCAACUGAAUGCGCAGGACUAUGCAGAGCAGCUACAGAUCAGACAGCUUGGGUUGCUAGAUGAAUCUGUAAAAAAGCGUUUGAGCGAACUAAUCCAUGAUAAGGAAGGCUAAUUACUAUUGUGGGCAAAAGUUGUCCGAUAAAGGUACUGAAAAUCUUCAAUUGACUUUACAUCGCCUGAUUGACAUAAUUGGAAUAAGUGAAAACAAUUUUUAAUGACCACUUCAGCGUCAGAAAGAUCAGAUCCCGAAUGAAACCAAAAAUAUGUAAGAAAUGCUUUGUUUGAAUUAUUAAGAU